CCCCACUUUCUUCAUUUUCUUCUUCCUGCGUCUGUUUGUUUGACAUGUGAUUGGAAAUUUAAGCCAUUUAGACGUUUCUGGAGCUUCGAUGAUGGAAGCUGUUUGUGAUUUGAGUGUAUAAAUUUUUUGAUUCUGAUGUUCUAAGUCUACUUUGGAAAUAGGUGUUAGAGGAGCAUGUUUGCGGUUCCUCCGUUUCCAUCUAUUACACUACGUUUGUGGGUGUCUGUAACUCUUUGUUAGUCUUUGGUGGGACAAGGCCAGAACAAGCCUCUUUGAUUUCGCACCCCUAGCUGUAAACUUCAGAGCUCGGUAUGGAUGACAUGGACAAUAUCUCGGGGAGUGCCAUCCAAGUCGCUGGGGCAACAAGUUUGGUCAGCCUGGCGGCAGGACUCGGAUGCUGGUUUUGGCUACCGGACCAAAUUCAUUUCUGGGGCAGUAUUGCUAUUCCAAGAGAGUUCGGCAUCAUACUCAUCCCCAUCAUAGGAAUCGUCUUAACUCUCAUGCUAGCGCUUGUUGUCAAGUGCGACCCACUCUGCGAGAAUUUGGACUCAUCCUCCCAAUCUGCCCUGAGCAUGAUCGUCAUGUCUCCGAGCUUAUUCUCUCCAGUGCUCCAGGUCAUUGUACUGUGGGCUGCCUUCACAGAUCACACCUUGGGCACCACUCCCAUUGUUUUCCUCAUGAGCCUUUUCUUGGUCACGCUGGGAGGAGCAUUCAAUUACAUCGAGCAGAAUCAUGUGGUGGGCAUCCGGGACCCCUGGACCCUGCAAAGCGCGCACGUGUGGGAGGAGGUGCAUUGCCUGGCCACGAAGCUCUUCAUGCUGGCUGGGCUUGUGGGCAUGGUGUUUGUUUGGUUCAUUCCCUCUGGGUUCUGGCAUCUUCUCUUCUUAAGCAUUCUAGUCGGAGUGCCUCUCAUCACCUGCUCUGUGUACUCUUUCUUCAUUCGGGAAGAUGCUCAGUACCAGUAUAUCGUCAGGUAGGCUGGUGACGAUCGAUCCUAAGUCCUGAACUUGAACUGGAGAGUGCAGCGAUCAAUGAGUGAUGUGCUGGACUAAGUUUAGGGUUCUGCCGUGGUUUCGGUAUCAUUUAGCUCACCCACUCGAGCCAUGAAGGAAUGCAACGCUGGCAUGUUGGAGCUUGGAUCGUCAACGUGCUGCAAAUCGUGUGCUGGGGGGAUAUAAAUAAGAGGCCCUGGUUAUGAGACAGGAAGUGAAAGCAGUAAGGAUUUAAGGUCUUGUUCCGUCACAUAUGAUCGAGAUAUUUCAUUUAACCUAGUGAUUUCUGUGUAUUUAGUACCUGUUCAAAUCAAAAUCCCUUCUGUUAUGUGACAAGUCUAGGCGUAGAUUUUUCCCAGUUGGAUUGAUUACUAUUGCAAUUGAUUAUGCCCUUGUGAUGAUA